UGGCUGUCCCAGCUGGAAAAACGCCGCAAUCUUGCGCAGAUAACAAAACAAAAAGGCCUGUCAAACGAAUUCGGGGGGAUUUUUCUCGCCAUGUAGCCAAAGAUUCGGCACUGCUACCCCGAAUUCUCGGCAGAAAUGUCAAAAGGGUGAUCUAGCGCACAAUGGCGACGUUCGGCUCACUGCUGCUCGCGGUUUUCGUCGUCUUCCUGAUCACGUCAUGGAUCGUGCCGUGGCUGCUGGCAUGGUUCUUCAAAAUCAGGCUCAACCUGAACGUGAGCAUCGGCAGGAUCGGGCUCGGCUGGCCCUACCUGAUCCUGAAGGAGGUGCACAUCACCAGGAGCGGCUUCUCCAUCCAAAUCGAGGAGGUGGCCCUGAGGAGCAGCUUCCUCAGCAGCCAGGUGAGCAAACUGCUGCUGGUCAUCAUCAAGGACGUCCGCAUCAAGAAGGAUAUCGGACAAAGCCCCGAGGAGGGCGCCUUCGACCCUACGCCCUCCAGAAUCAACGUCAAAGACCUCAAGGUUCCGCCGGUUCUCAUCAGCCUCACCCAGUUUCUGGCUGUCCACGUUCACCGCGUGACCGUGAUGCUGCUGCGGUCGGUGUCCCCUGAGUGCCUGGUGCACGCGGCGGCCGACGAGCUCUACGUGGACGGCAGCGUGGUCCACGGCGCCCGCCUCCUGGCCAGCGUCCGCUGCACCAGCGCCUCGGCGAAAAUCCUCAAGCACCAGCAGCACGGACAAGCCCACGAAGACGUCCACGUCGUGCUCGGCGAGGUCGCCUUCGGGCUUGCCCUGGAGGCGACGCUCCUCGCCCAGGGACCGCUCUCCGUAGAGAAACUUGCCGUUGAGGUAGAAAAGCCGCAGGCUGUGAUAAACGACGGCUUCUUCGAGCUGGUGCAGGCGCAGCGGCUGUCCUCCUCGGCGGCCAGGAAGGUGGACAAGCCCAUGUGGGUCGAUGACAACACCAGCUGGCAGAUCGCCUCCAAAAUCUUGCCUAAGAAUUUCAGUCUGAAAGUGGACUGCACCACCCUGACGGGCAUGAGGGACCACUCGAGGCCCGAGUUCUGCGCCGUCCUCCAGAGUUUCGCCGUCAAAUCAUCAUUUUCCUCCGUGCCUUUUGACAUGUUGAUGAACGUGGAGGUGGAGGAGGUGAAGGUGCGUUGCAGCCAGGUGACGCUGUUGCGCCUGAAGAAGCUCCGAGUCGACGGAAAGGUUCUGAACGACACGCCGAUGGUGGACGUGCUGCUGGACACGCUGUCCGUCACCUACACGCACAGGGACAUCUUCAUGUGGGCCUCGACCAACUUCAGCCUGCCCAGCGGCGCGCAACUCACCAGACAGGUCUCCAGCCGCGCCUCCAAGAAGCCCACGCCGAGAUGGCUGCUGGAGCUGCUGUCUCGGCUGCAAGCGAACGUCGAGUUGUGGAACAUCGCCGUCUCUCUCCAGCUGACCGACAACCACAAUGCUGGAAUGGGAUGCAACCACGCCAAACUCGCGUUCGUCUCCGUCCUCGACGAUUUCGAAGAAGAGGUGCCGCUGAUGCAGGCGUGGACGGGCGAACUGCUGGUGGAGGCGCUGUGGUGGCGGCUCGGCGUGCCGGUGCUCGACUCGCCGGACCCGCAGGCCAAGCUGCAGCACAUCUGGGGCACGCCUGCCUACCUCGGCGUCCUGCUGCUCGAGGCCAAGAAGCCGAACACGCUCAAGGGCGUCAUGGAAUGCGUCCGCUUCGAGUGGUCCGACGAGCUGGCCAAGUUCGUCCAACAGGCGGCAAAGUGUCUCUUGGAGUUCCGAGCCUUGGUUCCGGUUCGAGCGGCGGCGGCGCGACACUCGGUGGUAUCGCUGCCGACGGGAGAGUCGUCCCUGGAGGAAAUCUCGGUGGGCGUGACGGUGAGCAACGUGAACAUCUUCCUGGUGGUCAACGACGGCCGCAAGGCGGACAAGGCGGUGAUGCUGCGGCUCGACUCGAGCCGCGUCGACCGCGCGCGCGGCAAACUCGGCGUCAGCAUCGACGGCGCCCGCCUCCUCACCAUGGACACCGGCCUCUACUACAACUGCGUCAGGGCCGACGAGCUCAAGCAGCCGUGGGCCCUGCUCAGGGGGGCCAAACUCACCGUCAAAGGACCUGAGGUGACCGUGCAGUCGAGCGAUCAAAUCUCGAUGGAGUGGAGCACAGAGCUGCACCUGCAGCUUUUGGGACUCUUUGAGGACAUUCGGGCUUUCGUGCGGGGCCUUGUCCCAGUUUUAACCGAGUCAGAGGUAGCCUCUGGGGUUUCCACUGGUCCUCAGAAGAGGGUGGUGGUGAGGCUGAAGGGAGAGGUGGCCCUCGGAAUUCGCAUCUCGAGCAGGCACGACCUGCGGCUCUGCUUCGACGACCUGGCCGCCUCGGUGGCCGGCUCGGAGGUCGCGGCCAACGCGAGCCGCGCGCGCAUUGCCGUCGACGGUGCCGACACCUUCUUCAUCGACUCGCUCAUCGUCGCCACGCUUCAGGACAGCGAGGAAAUCCGCGCAGAGCGUCGCAGCCUGGAAAGUUUCGUGCUGGCGUGGAACCGGACGUGGAGCGUGUCGAUGCGGACGCUGCUGGUGCGCUUCCCGUACGAGCACAACUUCGCGGACGCCGUCCAGAACGAGUUCGUCAGUCUGUUCAAGUGGCUGAAGGUGGUGCACAAGUAUGAGCGGCGGCCGUUCAACGCCGCCAGUCCCUUGCCACCCGACCUGCUGGUGCGAGUGCACGAGUUCGCCUUCGAGAUGAGCGACGACCCCUUCGAGGUCCGCCUCAGGGACAACUACGAGCUGCUAGAAGACGAGUACCGAGAGGCUGAAACCAGGAAAAAAAUGCUCGCGGCUAAAGUCGAGGAGCUGCAGAAGAACAUCCUGCACUUCCCGAGCGGCAAGGUGGAGGAGCUGUACAAGGGCCUGAACAAGAAAAACGCCGAGAUCUACAUCCAGCGGUCCAAACAGAUCAGUCAGAGUGGUCCGCCGCGGACGCGUCUCUUCGCGUGGACAAUGCAGGAGCUGGAGGUGCUGGCGCUGGCCGACCCCUCUGUCCACGGCACGGACCGCGUCUUGCACGUCAUGGCCGAGAUCGACCGCGACAGUCCGUGGCCGGUAGGCGGGCUCGGCUUCACCACCCUCUGGUGCCGCGCCAUCCGCCUCAACUGCAAGGAGUGGAAGUUCCUGCUGCGCGACUUUCCGCAGCCGCUGCUCCACAUCCGCAGCAUGCUUGUCUGGGGAAGACUCGUCGGCGCUGAGCAGGAGGCGCCCAAAAGGGCAAGACGCACCUGUCAGGUUGAGCUCGCACCUGGAUGGCCCAGCGAGACCAUCGAGCGAGGGAUGGCAUCUCUGAAGUUCUACCACGACCUGAGCUGCGACACGGAGCACUUCAGCUACGCAUUUGGGCCUUGCUGGGAGCCGGUGAUCGCGCAGUGCAACCUGAGUUUUGAGCGGAUCGUCAGCCCCUCCCGCGACCCGAGUCCUCCGCUCCCCUUCUGGGACAAAAUGCGGCUGCUGUACCACGGCCGGCUGACCAUGUCCAUGCAGACGAUGACGGUUCUGCUGCACGCCUCCCUGGACCCUUACAACACGACGGAGGAGAUGGAGCUGACCUGGAGCGAGGUGGUCAUGGACUGGACCAACGCCAAGUUCGUCUUCAAGGGCGACCUCAACAUUUACGUGAAGACGGCCUCCAAGUACGACGACUGCCGCCUGCUGCACCUGCCCAACCUCAAGCUCACCCUGAAGCUCAACUGGGUGUGUCUCGGCGACCCCAACGACCACCACUCCGUCCUCCCCUGCGCCCCUGAUAAGCUCCCUGAGUACUCGAGCAACCAGGAGCACGACUCCUUCAGGGCUUUCAGGUCGCAACACGUGAACUUGAGCAUUGCUGUGGAAACCAAGCCUGCGAGCAACUCUGGAGGUCCAAGUGGGAACUUUGACUUCCCCAUUGCCCUGCUCUACGGCAGCACCCUGCGCUGGUUUGAAUCGCUCAAGCUGAUUUUGUCGGGAGUCACGCGGCCGACGCGUCGCGGCAAACUUUUCAAAAACGUUCGGCCGCGAAAGCUGCAGCUCAGCAGACACUACCGCAAAAUACACCUCCUUCUCGGACUACACCAGUUCCAGGUCUGCUACUGGAUGUCAUUUGCGAAGCAACGCGGCUUCGAGCUUCUUGGCGGUCGAAUUUCCUGCUCGUCCGAGCACAUCCUGAACCUUGUACCUGUGGAUGACGGGUUGGUGCACCGGCCACGCGCCGAGUGGUCCAUCGGAUACAUGAACUGCGAGCUGAACGACGCCGAGAUCUGGCUGCAGUCCGCAUUGGAGGAGGAAAAGGAGCAGGUGUCGCUGCGGCAGCCAGUCGAAAAGUGUUACUUCCUGUCCCUGGCGAAGGUUUCCUACGGCCGCGAGACCACCCUGGAGAAGGACCCGCAUCACAGGCUCGUGGUUUACGACCUGAAGGGCGCCUGGACCAAGAGCAACCGGGACGUCGCCUUCGCCCUGUUCGACUCCUUCGUCAAAAGCCAGCAAUUGAAGAAAAACCUGUCAACGGACGCCCUCAAAGUGUUUAAGAAUGAAACAGCAAACACGCCAAUGAAAAAUAGGCCACGGCCGAAUGACAAUCUAAGCGUCAGCACGCCAACCAAUCCCACCCUUCAGCAAGCAACCGCUACUCCUUCGCCGAUGACGAAGCUGCAGUCCGGCCACGCGGCCACCAUGCUGCAACAACUGAUCGCCGAAGUCGACAACAAAAAUGUCGUCUACAGCGACGACCUGUCCACGCAGAAUAAGGAGCAGAUCCUCCAGGGCCUCGUUUCCUGCAGCGAGCACGACGUUUUCUACGAAAACUGGCACAUCGUGUUGGUGAACAGCCAGGUGCUGCUGAAGGGCUGCGAGACGAAAGGCUACGUGAUCAUGAGCGCCGCAAAGGCACAAAUCCUGCAGCGGAUCCACCGGCCCGUGUGGAAGCAGCACACGCUCGUCUCGAAGACAACCUGGGUCGGCUCCCUCGAGUGCAUGCAGUAUUACGCCACGGUCAUCGCCGGAGACACCCCGGACGAGAACAUCAUGUGGCUGACGAUUGACAACAUUGAGGAGAAGGAAAAAGACUCUGCAGUGAUCGAAAAGCCGGCUGACGUGCCCGACAUAGUCGGAAGCGGCCACUCAGUCGGAGGAAUCGUCAGCGAGACCGUCGGCGUCGGCACCGAGACGGAAAACUCGCCCAUUCAGCUCCAGCGAAUCGUGUCGCGGUGCAAAUGCGAAUUUUUCUACGCGUGCUACGGCGACAACAGUUUGGACCCGAGCUCGAUCGACCAGGUUCCGCCGCCGCCCAGCGACGAGGGCCUCGGGCCGUGGGAGCAGCGCGAGCAGGGCGUCGACGCCUUCACCCUGAUGCACCACGACCUCGACGUCUGCACAAACUCGUUGCAGUACGCCAUGAUUCUGGACAUUGUGAACAAUUUGCUGCUGCACGUCGAGCCGAGCAGAAAGGAGGCCGCCGAGAGAAUGCAGCGGAUGCGCUUCCAGCUGCAGUUGCACAGCUAUGAAGACCAAAGAAAGCCCAUCCAGCAGCUGCAGAACCAAGUCAGGUCAUUGGUGUCGAAGCUGCGGCGUCUGGAGAAAAAGACGCACCAAAUUCAAAGCAAGCUGUGCGAGGAGUCGAGCAGUUUGGAGCUGCUGGCCGAGGAGGAGAGUCUCGAGAAACAGGUUUACGAGUGCAAGGAGAUGCUGGGCGCUCAGAGCGAGGAGUUGCACGUGAUGAUCUCGUGUUUCAAAGAGACGCAGAUCACCGCGAACCAGAAACUGGCGACGAUGCGCGGCGACAAGUCCGUGGCCACGAUCCGCGCCAACGAAAUCUGCUUCAAGUACGCCAAGUGGCGCCUCACGGAGGCCGACGGCCAGCUCGGAAUCGCCGAUCUCAUCCUCAGCAAUUUCCUGUACACGAAGAACUCGAGAAGCGACGAUUCGGUGGAGCACCUGUUGGAGCUGGGAUACGUCAGGAUGACCAACCUCCUGCCAAAUCAGGUCUACACCGAGGUCCUUCUGCCCACUGAAAUCCAAAGCAACAUGCCCGUCGACCAUAAGAGAGCCGUCAGGGUAUUCUGCAGGGAAAAGGCGCCGGUUGGCGGAAUUUCUGUCAAGGAGCAUUUUGAAAUCAACGUAGUCCCGCUAACCAUAGGUCUAACCAAGAACUUCUACAACACAAUGCUGAAGUUCUGCUUCCCUGAGCGCGACCCGAACACCAUCGACGACGACGAGCUGGAGACGGACACGAAGGGUGGUUUGCGAAGGGGUGGCAGCAAGGGUAGCAAAGGAAGCAAGGGGAAGGAGGCGAGCUUCUACGUCAAGAUCCAGCGCAAGGACGACGUGGAGAAGAUGAAGGAGCGCGCCGAGAAGAACAAGCUGUUCAUUUACAUCAAAAUCCCGGAGGUGCCGGUCAGGGUCAGUUACAAAGGGUCCAAGGAGAAGAACAUCGAGGACAUCAGAGACUUCAGCCUCACCAUCCCGACGCUCGAAUAUCACAACGUCACCUGGACCUGGCUUGACCUGCUGCUCGCCAUGAAAAACGACAGUCGCAGGGUCAUCCUUUCUCAGGCCAUAAAGCAAAAGCUGCAGAUUAAAAUGACAAGGACAGCCGUGGAGGAGCGGGCGUCGCCGCAGGAGGAGGACAAGGCCAGGAUGCUCUUUGGUCCCAGGUCCAUGCCUGUCGGGGAAAGCAGCAAGACUGGCAGUUUGAAGAAGAGCAUCUUCAAAACCGGAAAGUGAUUUUUUUUUAAUCUUGUUCUUGUUGAUUGAUGUAUUUUUAAAAAUAUAAACAAAGUUAUUUAAUAUUUCA